AAACGCAACUACGUAAAGUACCUAACCUAAAGGAAUGCUUAGAAUAGGUACUGGGCACAGUUGCGUUAGCAAUGUACACUACCUACAUGUACAUGUACCAGGUAGUGUAUGAGUGUAUGAAGAGGGCACCUGCAGCCUUAUCUCUUUCUAACAUUACCUAGCAUUUGAUCUACGUAAUCACUGCUACUUCAUUUCAUUUUAUUUUUUACUUUUUUUAAUAAAAAAAAAGAAUUGCGGGUCUGACAGCCUCAGACAAGCCUUUCCCAUUUUCACAGGUGCGAGCCCCGAGCAGAACCUUGACAGCCCUGGCAGCUGGCAAGAUUUCUAGAAGUUCUUCCCGACGCAGCCGAAACGGUGUCUCAUCUAUCUUCUAUUUCGCGAGCGCAUCCUUUCUUUCACUUUUAUAGCUCCCCCGCUUCCCCUCCUCUUCCGCCUUCUUUCGCGGGAGAGAGCUGUUGUAUUCAUAUCACACCACCCGAGCGAGCAUCACCUCAGCACGCCAGUGCGGCUCAGCUGAGCGCCAAACCCGAUCAUCCUUUCAGCUACCGAAAAAAUAAUAUCGCGUCACAUACUUUCUUCGCUGACACUUUUGUCGCACUUAAAGGGAAGCCAUCAUGUCUGAAAGGCGAACCAGGCGGCAGGCCGCUUUGGCAGCAGCAGCAGCUUCAGCCCCCACGGCUGGCGAUGCCGACAACACUCUUACCAACAAUAAUCAGGACGAGGUUGUUAUGAACGACAAUAAUAAAGAGGCUAAAAAUAUCAAUAAAGUUGGGAGCAAUGGCAACGGCGACGCCAUUACAUCGUUAGAUCCUAAGGUGAAUAGCCUGCCGAAGGAAAAUAUAUUCCUAUUUUGGCCUAAUAUUAUAGGCUACUCUCGUAUCGUCCUAGCUAUCGCAUCUCUCUACUACAUGCCCCUCCAUCCGCGCACAUGUUCCAUACUUUAUAGUAUCUCGUGUCUCCUUGACGCCCUCGAUGGCUACGCAGCCCGUCAUUUUCAGCAGUCAACCAAGUUUGGCGCCGUUCUGGACAUGGUAACCGAUCGAUGCACUACCUCAUGCCUACUUGUGUUCCUGUCCUCCGCCUUCCCGCGUUGGGCGAUCGUAUUCCAGGGGUUGAUUUCGAUCGACUUUGCGAGUCACUAUAUGCAUAUGUAUGCCACAUUGGCUAUGGGCGGUUCGGAGACCAGCCAUAAGAAUGUAGACAAGUCACGAAGUUGGCUAUUAAACCUGUACUACACCAAUAAGACUGUGCUCUUCAUUUGCUGCGCCCUUAACGAAGUCUUCUUUAUUGCCUUGUAUCUGCUAUCCUUCUCCUCGCCACUUUUGUCGCCUCAGCUCCUCGAACCCCUUGGCGAGUCAAGAGCUGCUGCCAUCCAGACUGGAGCACAGGUUAACAGUUCAGUCCUUCGCCAGCUCUUCACCAACCCUUAUAGUGCUGGUGCUUUAGAGAUGGCGCGCGCAAACAAGAUGGAUUCUACUUUUCCUUGGAUCCUUGCUGGAGUCAGCGCUCCUAUCAUGGCCUUAAAACAAUUCCUUAAUGUUCUUCAGCUCGUCAAGGCAAGCAGGUGGCUAGCCGAAGGCGAUGUCCAGUCGAGAAGAGCGGCUGGUUUGCCGAGACCAAAGGACGAUAAGCAUGCCUAAGAGAAAAUGUUUCUUAAGUAGAGGUUUAGCGACCGUAUACGAUCAAGUAGUCAUAUGUGGAUCAGCAUAAACCUGAACGGGGCAAAGCCAUGGGGAUGGUGUGUACGAAAAAGUACGAUUUCAUUAAAAGGAGCGUCGGGCAUCGGGGAGCCGGCAUGGUUCUUAUUCAACGGUUGCAUAGGAUCGGUCAUGGAAAGCAUGGAUAGGGAUCUGGCUUGAUAACCGGGUGCAU